GUUCACUGUUGAGCCUUGUAGAGUUCUAGAACUUUACCCAGCAUCCUCUUCGCGCUCAACAUGGAGGAACUGACGGUGGAGGUCCGUGGCUCCAAUGGAGCUUAUUAUAAGGGCUUUGUCAAGGACGUUCACGACGACUCGCUCUCCGUUUCGUUUGAAAACAACUGGCAACCUGAAAGACAAGUUCCCUUCAACGAUGUGCGGUUACCACCUCCUGCUGACGGCAAAAAGGAGAUCGCCGAAGGAGAAGAAGUGGAGAUUUACUCGCGAGCAAACGAGCAGGAGCCCUGCGGCUGGUGGCUGGCUAAAGUGCGCAUGAUGAAAGGAGACUUCUAUGUUAUCGAGUACGCCGCCUGUGACGCAACCUACAACGAGAUUGUAACGUUCGAGCGUCUCCGCCCGGUCAACCGCAAUAAAGCUGUGACGAAGAACACGUUCUUUAAGUGCAGCAUUCCUGUGCCAGAUGAUCUCAGAGCAGCAUGUGAGAGCGAACAAGCCCACAAGGAUUUCAAAAAGGCGGUCGGAGCCAUUCGGAUUGUUUACAGCCCGGAGCAAAGUGAACUGACUGUAUUGUCCAUGAACGAAGCCACCGUCAAGCGCGUCUCCCUGCUGAGUGACAUGCAUUUACGCAGCAUCCGCACCAAACUCCUGCUCAUGUCCCGGAACGAGGAGGCCACCAAACAUCUGGAGAGUACGAAGCAGCUGGCCUCGGCGUUUCAGGACGAGUUCACUGUGAGAGAGGACCUCAUGGGUCUUGCCAUCGGAAGCCACGGCAGUAACAUUCAGCAAGCCAGAAAGGUGCCGGGAGUGACUGCCAUCGAGCUGGACGAGGCGACGGGAACCUUCAGGGUUUACGGAGAGACUGUUGAGGCCGUACAGAAAGCAAGGAAUUAUCUGGAGUUUCUGGAAGAUUCGGUGCAGAUUCCUCGCAAUCUUGUUGGGAAGGUUAUUGGAAAAAAUGGCAAGGUUAUCCAGGAGAUGGUGGAUAAAUCUGGUGUGGUGAGAGUGCGCAUCGAAGGCGACAAUGACAACAAACUCCCCCGUCAGGAAGUAAGACACCUGAAAGUAGCAGAAAAAGGAAUGGUGCCAUUUACAUUUGUUGGUACGAAGGAGAAUAUCAGCAAUGUACAGGUCUUACUGGAAUACCAUAUUGCUUACCUAAACGAGGUGGAACAGCUGCGACUGGAGCGGCUGCAGAUUGACGAGCAGCUGCGUCAGAUCGGGAUGGGCUACAGGCCCGUCCCAAACCGACCCGCCGAUAAGGACAAGGGCUACGCCACUGAAGAGGGCACAUCCAACACCCAUAUCAACCGCUUCUACACCGCCAGGGGCCGCGGCCGCCGGGGGCCCGGAUACACGUCCGGCUACGGCACUAACUCCGAGCACUCAAACGCCUCAGAGACCGACUCUGAGCGCAAGGAAGAGCUGAGUGACUGGUCCAUGGCAGGAGAGGAGCCCGAACGCAACCCGAGACAGCAGAGGGACAGCAGGAGGAGAGCAGGAGAGGGCCGGGGUCGGGGACGCGGAGGACCUGGGGGUAGAGGCCGCGGCUCAGGAAGAGGGGCGUCCAACUCCAUUAGCUCAGUCCUGAAAGAUCCAGAUGGAAACCCAUACAGUCUGUUAGACAACACCGAGACGGAUCAGACGGCAGACACGGAUGCCAGUGACUCCCAGAUGAACACCAACCGUCGCAGACGCUCCCGUCGUCGCCGCACAGAUGAAGACACCACAGUCAUGGACGGCAUGAGCGAGUCCGACAACGCCUCCCUCAGCGAGAACGGCCUUGAUGAUGCUGAAGCUAAACCACAGCGGCGCAAUCGUAGCCGCCGACGCCGUUUCCGGCCUCCUGAGGAGAGGCAGCCAGUUACUGUGGCUGACUACAUAUCACGAGCUGAAUCUGAGAGCAGACAGAGAAACCCAAGAGAUCUGAGGAAGAACAAAAAGGACAUGGGUCAAGUGGACUUCAUAUCGGAGCACAGCCCGGCUGAAGCCGUUAGCAACGGCCCCUCCAAAGCAGACGAUCAGAGCAAAACACCACAAGCUUCUGUCGAGAAGACGCCCAAAGCCAAGCCAGCUGUCGUUAAUGGAGUCUCCUAAUCAGUUCGGUUUCUUUCUCCAAACUCAUAACCUUUACGAUUUUACAAUAGUGCUUGUACAAGCUUGCCAAAGAUAGACGUACGGACUUCCACAUUCUCGAUUGCACUUUUCAGUUCCUUCACUAUGGAACAGAUAAUUACAAUGGAAAAAAAAAUAUUGAGACAAAAAAAAAAAAAAACCCAAGUCACACCUGUGUUCCUGAUCAGAUGUUGUGCCUUCAGAGCAUAGUUUCAACAUUAUGUUGGCUGGCUAUAGAGCAAACAAACAGAAAAAAAAAAACAAAACAA